UUGAUUUUCAAAAUAGAAAAUUAACAUUUAACAGCAAACAAGUGAAUUACCUACCUACGUUUUCACAUUAAAGAAAAUGUUUGAAGAGUACCUGUACACUUACCACGAAGAAGACCUAUUCAAUAUACUAAAAUCUGAAAACAAAAAUCAACACUAUUCGUUAACAAUUAAUUUUUUAACACUUUUUGAGAAAAACGCCAAAUUAGGAGAAGAAAUUCUGGAGGACUCAAUUAAUUUGCUUGAACAGUUUGACAAAGAUUUGAUUAAUGUUCAAAAAGUUUUGAAAAAAAAUUACAAAGAUAAUUCGGUCAAACUCAGGGUUAAGAAAAAAACAUUACCUUUGUGUCCAGAACUUCAUCGUACAAUAUUUCCUCGUAAUGAAGAUAUUGGUUCAUUUUUACGUGUCAAUGGCACUGUUGUACGGACUGUUUUGCCCAAGUUAUUAGAGUACAAAAGAGUUUAUUAUUGUUCCAAAUGUAAAGAACCAUUUGAUGUUAAGAUUGAUUAUGAACAAUUUAACAAAUUAAUAGUUCCUUUGAAAUGCCCMAACUUAGAAGGUUGUCCUGGUACUAAUUUAAAGCCAUUAAAAGAUGAAGAUCAAUACAUAAAAGAUUAUCAAGAAAUUAAAAUUCAAGAACAAAUUGGUAAAGUAGGCCUUGGAGCAAUGCCUCGCUCAAUGUGGGUAUCACUAGAAGAUGAUUUAGUUGAUAAGUGUAAACCUGGUGAUGAUGUAAUAAUAUGUGGCACUGUUAUUCGAAGAUGGCAUCAAACUAUUGAAAACUCUUAUAUCGACAUUGAAUUAUGCUUCAGAGCUAACCAUUUGAUUGUUUGUAAUGAUCAACAGUCUGCAAUUAUGAUAACAGAUGAAUGGGUGCAAGAAUUCGAAAAAUUUUGGGAAGAUAAUAAAAACGAUACAUUUGCAGCUAGAAAUCUUAUUAUUGCAUCAAUUAGCCCUCAAACUUACGGAUUGUAUACUGCGAAAUUGGCCGUAGCUUUAGGUUUAGCAGGUGGAGUGCAACGGUCAGCAUCUGAAGGAGGUGGAGUUAGAGUUCGUGGUGAAACGCACUUAUUAUUAGUUGGUGAUCCAGGUACAGGCAAAUCACAACUGCUUAAAUUUGCAUGGAAAGUAUGUCCUAGAUCAAUAUUCACCACUGGAGUUGGCUCAUCAAAAGCAGGAUUGACCGUUGCAGCAUUCAGGGAAGGGUCUGAAUGGCAUUUGGAAGCUGGUGCCCUUGUAUUGGCUGAUGGUGGAAUUUGUUGUGUUGAUGAGUUUGGAUCAUUGAGGGAAGAUGAUCGUACAGCAAUUCAUGAAGCUAUGGAACAACAAUCAAUUAGUGUUGCAAAAGCUGGUUUAGUAUGCAAACUAGACACUCGUUGUACUGUUAUGGCUGCAAUGAAUCCAAAAAGUAGAUAUAAUCUAAAUUUAUCCAUWACAGAUAAUAUUAAAAUUGCUAGUCCACUGUUAAGUCGUUUUGAUUUAAUUUUAAUUCUUAUUGACACGAAAAAUGAAGAGUGGGAAAAUUCAAAUAAUAGUUUAACAGACAAAAUAUCUGAAACUAUACAAAAUAUCAAAACAAAAAAACAAAAAGAUUUUUACAAGUCUCAGAUGCACAUAAAAGAAAUAAUGAAACCGUCAACAUCUUCUAAAAAUAAGAAAAUAUGUUCUAAUUCUCCCAAAAAUACGCAAGUUAUGAUUGAUGAAGACUCUAAUGAUGAAGAUAUUUUUGUCAACAGUACCAGUAAAAAAAUAACCAACAUAUCAAUAAAAUCAUCAACCUUGCCAAUAACGGCUGUAUCACCACCAAAGCCGUCAACUCAGAUUUGUAAUAGUCCAUGUUUGAAACGAAAAACUUACACUUCACAAACACCAUCUAGUGCUAAAUUAGAUACAGGGCAAUUGGCAAGAUUGAAAUUGAGUGCAUAUAGAUGUAACAAAAAGCCAACUAAUUCAAACAGAGGUCAAGAACAAUCAAAUACAUUGAAUUCGUCAACAAUCCAAAAUGAACCAUCCUCAGAUUUGUCAAAUAUUUUCUCAUUAGGAGAUGAAGAUGAUUUAUCAUAUUUGGAUAUAGAUUGA